ACUCCCCACAACUAGCUUUCCUCUUCUCUUUUUGUGCUCUAAUAUUUCAUCCAACAAGGAAGAGACGUGUGGUUAAUGAAGAUGAGCUCCGCCCCGAAGGACCUGCAACCACACCAAGUCUUCGACAUCGAUGGGGUACCUCAAGGUGCCUCCAAGUGCUUCGAUGAUGAUGGCCGUCUCAAGAGGACUGGUACUUUCUGGACUGCUAGUGCUCACAUAAUAACAGCUGUGAUUGGGUCGGGUGUCCUCUCCUUGGCCUGGGCCACUGCUCAGCUUGGAUGGAUUGCUGGCCCUGCUGUGCUCUUCUUGUUCUCAUUUGUAACUUACUACACCUCAGUUCUUCUUUCUUCUUGCUACCGUACGGGUGACUCUGUGACUGGCAAGAGAAACUAUACUUACAUGGAUGCUGUUCGUUCCAAUCUUGGUGGAGCUAAGAUGAAGAUAUGUGGGCUAAUUCAGUACCUGAACCUUUUUGGAGUGGCCAUUGGCUACACCAUUGCAGCAUCUAUAAGCAUGAUGGCAAUCAAAAGAUCAAACUGCUUCCACGAGAGUCAUGACAAAAAUCCAUGCCACAUUUCAAGCAAUCCAUAUAUGAUCAUGUUUGGGAUCUUUGAAAUCAUUCUCUCUCAAAUACCAGACUUUGAUCAGAUAUGGUGGCUUUCCAUUGUUGCAGCAAUCAUGUCCUUUGCUUACUCCACAAUCGGUCUAGGCCUUGGAGUCGCUAAAGUUGCAGAAAGUGGAAAAUUUAGAGGAAGUCUCACUGGGAUUAGCAUUGGCACUGUCACACAAACUCAAAAAAUAUGGAGGAGCUUCCAAGCACUUGGGAACAUAGCUUUUGCCUACUCUUACUCCAUCAUCCUCAUUGAGAUUCAGGACACAAUCAAAUCUCCUCCAUCAGAGAAGAAGACAAUGAAGAAGGCCACUCUUCUUAGCGUUAUAGUGACCACACUGUUUUACAUGCUCUGUGGCUGCAUGGGCUAUGCUGCUUUUGGAGACCUGGCCCCUGGAAACCUCCUCACUGGCUUUGGCUUCUAUAACCCGUAUUGGCUUCUUGAUAUAGCAAACGCAGCAAUAGUUAUCCAUCUUGUUGGAGCAUACCAAGUCUACUGCCAGCCCCUCUUCGCCUUCAUUGAAAAAUGGGCAGCAGAGAAGUUCCCUGAUAGCCAGUUCAUCACCAAGGAAAUCAAAAUCCCAAUUCCGGGUUUCAAGCCUUACAAUCUCAACCUCUUCCGCCUGGUUUGGCGAACAAUUUUUGUGAUAAUAACCACAGUCAUAUCCAUGCUCAUGCCAUUCUUCAAUGACGUAGUUGGAAUCCUUGGGGCCUUUGGAUUUUGGCCUUUGACAGUAUAUUUCCCAGUGGAGAUGUAUAUUGCACAGAAGCAGAUCCCAAAAUGGAGUACCAGAUGGCUUUGCCUCCAAAUCCUCAGCUUUGCUUGCCUAAUUAUUUCCAUUGCAGCGGCUGCUGGCUCAGUUGCAGGGGUUAUUCUUGACCUCAAGGUUUACAAGCCCUUCAAGACUAGCUACUGAUUUACAAGAAUUUCAGUUAAUAAGCAUUUCUAUAACAAGGGAAGAUCUCAUCAGGACUUCAAUUCUUGUUGAUGUUCAUAACAAGCCUAAAGGGAUGUCACUGUUACUGUUGUUGUACCGUAGUUUCAUGUUGCUUUUUUUUAACUGUCUCAGAAGGAAGGCGGGACUCCAUAUGUAUGUAUUUGGAAUUCAAAUAUACGAGUCCCCUCCUCCACUAUGUAACUUUCUCUACUUCUCAAUGCAAAACAGCAGGAAUUUAAACAAUGGCUU